AUGCACGGCAGCGUCUUUUAUACUUGGCGUAAACGUGUACCCAAAUCUUCCGAUUCUUCGAGAAUCCAUGCGGGACCUUCUGUCUGCUGGCCAAAAGUUUGGUUUGAUUGCUAUAUUUUUCUUGUAAUUGAAGGUCUGUAUAAUCUUUUGGCAGAAAAGACAACUGGGCUCACGUUCUUCAGCCAUUAAGAGCCUGUUGAUCCGACCAGACUGUAGGAUUAACGCCCCCUACCCAGUUUUGACUAUGUUACCCCCAGCCACGGCCAGAGCCCUCGGAGGUUGUCAUAAGUCCACAGGCGAGCGAUAGUGAACAGGGAUAUUGUCGACAGCUGAAAGAUCAACACAGUUAUUUCGGGCGAAUUUGCAGGUAUCUGGACGCUGGAAUUCAGCAAAACUGACUCGACUCUGGCUGGCUGAGAACUGCCAAACGAUCCCAAAUCAUAAUAAUUUUUAUCUCGUCAUUAUCGGUGUACCUGUCUGCUAUCACAAUUUUGCUGAAAAAGUGGUAAAGUUACUGCUUGGAAUUAAAAUUUACACGAAAGUGCUAUUUUACAAGCAGACUUUAGGAAUGGGACUACUGGCAGGAAUUUUUUCACCAGUGAAAUGCACGGUAAACUUAAAACACAGGAGGCUCGCGACUUUAGGAAAACAGAUCGCUGGGUGGAUGUGUACGCUUCCCAGUUCCUGGUAGCGACCGUCACUGCUGCAGAAUAACUCUGCCCUCUAAGGACACUGGGCUUAAAAGUAGUACACGAAAGCAUCUCUACCCUUGUGUUGGUUUAUCCUCGGGGUCGGACAUAUUUACUAGCUUUCCUCCGUGAUGUUGCGAAGGUUACUAAAUGGUUUUGCCUAAUCCGGUCUUUUAACUGUGGCAUAUUUCAUCCAGCUACUUGUCCACAAAAUCAUUUUCAACGCUCAACCUAUCCACGUCCAAAUACAGACUUAAUUAUGCAUGCGUUUCCCUCACCAGGAAUGGCUUAGUGAGGAGUUUCCGAACACGAGGAUUAUUGGUGUCGACGCCAAUCUGCGGUUCUUCGUCUGGAAUGAAAUCUGCUUCGCCGAUCAGUUAAUGUAAUUUACUCUUUUAAUACUUUUGACGGCCUUUAUUCGACCCACGCAUUAUGGCACAUCACUUUUAUUUGCCUCCGGCGAGCAAUUAUGUAAUUCUUCGGACAGGACCGAAAGUUAGGACGGUUACGUGUUUAGACAUAAACCCAUAAGCGCAGUAUAUACGAGCAUACUCAGACGAGCUGACGUUUAGUUCGUCCACCCUCAUAAGAACACAUAAACAUGUGGAAUAUAUGGCACCAGUCAAAAAAUAUUAUAACAGAAGAUUUAAAGGGUCGGUUUUUUCAAAGGAGUUUGGAAUGAAAAUUAACUCGAAUAUCUCGUUAGUCUGAGCGAAAACCAGUCCAGGCAUGUUCACCCACGAUAUCGAGAAUCAUCUAGGCACAUUUUUUCACAAGGACUCGGACUACCGUGAAAAUCACAUAUCUAAACACUGCUGGAGACACCUGAAGACCACAUGUUGGGUGUAAGUCGAGACUUCAAAUUAAAUAAUCACGAAAUAGAGUCGAUAUUUCCUAAAAGCGGAAUUGCUAACUAAGCUAACCCUCAUGAACCUCAACAACGACAUAUUUCCGAUAUGCGACUUUAGUAAUUAGAAAAGUAUGCGAUAAGGAUACACUCACCUGGGAUAAGUUCCUACCAGAUCAGUAAUUUUUUAUAAAUAAAAGGUCGAUUAAGUCGUGUAGGUAAUUAGAGAAAUCUAGGUAGGUUUGCCGAUUCACGAAGGUGGAAUGGUGGGAAUAGAGGAGGACAAGUAUACACACUCAGUGCCGUCCAGCUAAGAGUACUGUGAGUGGAACUAGAGUCGGGGUGAGCAUCUUUGUCUGAGGGAAGGCCUGAAAAAUUGCCUUCAGUUAGCCGAUUAAUUGGCUUUCGGCCAUGGUAAACGCAGGGCCAGCAUGACUUUAAUUUACGCGUGCAAGAUCACAGGACGUAAUCUAACGGGGGGACGUUUCUGCUGUUGCUAGUUUACGCUGGCCUCAUUUUUUCGCAUAGUUCGGUGAGACAUGUAAAUUCUUCAUCGGGCUUCCCUGGGGCUCACACGAUGUUCGAAAUCAGUCAUGCGUGUGGGGUAGCGUGGCCUUGGUUCAUAACUCCUCCCCUUCUCACCCAUGUUAAUGCGCGGUGUAGAAGGACAUUGGUCAAGUUCAAUGACUAGACUUGAGCAGCUGGAAUGGUCCAUAAAAUGCUCGGCCGAGACGUCUCCUUAGGUGUUCUUUCAGCAGUUUCUUCGAAAGGUAACUUUGCGAAAGAUACUUUUCUGCUCUGCCGUCAGUACAGUGGGUUUUGUCGGACUUUUAGUAAUCUUCCCUACAAUAAAUCGAUCAUGGUACCCGUUCUUUCGAAGUAAAUUCUAGAUCUUCCCAAACUCUCACUUAGUACCACCUAUCGAACAAACGUUUCUAGCCAAAGUGUGCGAAAGCUCUAAAGUUGAGUUAGGUCGGAUAUGAUUAUGUAGCCCUACCUGAAGUAAACAAACCCCAGUCACCUCUAAUACGAGGCAGGUGGUAAUAGAGGUUUUUAUAGGUUGGGCCGGGGAACGCACAGUCGACGAGAGCAAGUACCUGUAUGCAAAAGGAAAGGUAUUGGGAAUGUGCGGUUGUACUUUGAAUACUUGAGAAAUAGUUGCGCUAAACCUUAAACACUAAUCCCUAACUAUACCCCUAACCCUACCCCCUAGGCCUAACCCGUAACCCCAACCGCAACAGUAUUGUGUCCAUCAGGUGGGGCUACCAAACCACAUCUUACGUUGUUUUAUUGCCCCAGCCAGAGUUUCUUCCUAUGAGAGCUUUUCCGAACACCGUCAUCAAGUCUUUUACUUAAAAGCACGUCAGAAAAGGAGAAAACCUACCACUGUCCUCCUCAGGCGGAUGCGCCUGAUUUACAAAGUCUAGGAGAGCAGCUUCCCUAAGAAUAAAUUGACUUGGACAGGACCAAGAGACACCUAAUAGCAAGCCCGUUUACUUGUUUACGCAGAUCGUUGUUAAAAAGUAACUACGCGUUUAACAUGCAAUCAUGUUAUAUUGCCUCGAAUAUGUUUAUUGGUAUUCCCGUUUCCCAAUGAUUGGCUGAUGGGAAUUCGCAGAGUUAGUCGAAUGUUUUGUUGACCGGUUCGUUUAUAGAGUAACGAAAUGCCUAAUGAGAUCAGAAGGCCUAAUGAUGACCAUUAUGGUUGGGCAAAAGACCUUGGCAUCAUCGACGAAUUCGAGGAAAUCCCGGUAACUAAAUGAGCUAGCCAGCAUUGUAGGAAUUUGAAUUUCUCUGCUAACCAUUUCGCUAUCUCAUGGUAAAAGGAGUUUCGCGCAUCCGAAAUCCGACGAACUUGCGUGUAGUUUUUGUGUCUUGAGUUCGUCUGGACAGUAUUUUCCAUUGAUCGCCUACCUAAAUUCUUCUGGUAUGACUACAAUUAACUAAAAUUAGCCAGUGUUGACUUAGAGCGUCGAAUUUUGGCUGCGGAAUCGAAUUUCAUAUCAUGUGUUUGGUCCCAGAAAUUCCUAAAUCUGGUUUCUAGUUCUAACGGAUGAACAUGUCCGCGAGUGAUGCAGAACUUUAAAUUAAGAGGUACUGCUCCGAAAAACCUUUUCCGUAGCGGUGUAGAUUGAUAGUUUUGCACGUACCGGCCUCAUUAUUUUUAGAUACAUUAAUCCCAGGUCUUGCAGUUGCCAUGUCUUAAAGCUUACUCAAAGUAAUUUUCCGCGCCUCUUCGCCCCUCGACACUGCUCAUCCCAACAAUCUCUUCAUCCAUACUACUCACUCCCAGCUGACUAGACAACACUGACUGUCUCCUCCUGUCCUUCCUUAUUCCCCACUUUCCAUCUUCGUGAAUCGAUGAGCUUAACUCGACUUCUGUAGGUACUCGCGUUAUAUAAUUAACUGCUGGUCGGAAUUUAUUUGGGAGACGUUUGCUUGCCGCGUACUCAUUGACUCUUUCAAUAGACUUUUGGAAUAUUUCGUUACCCGACUUUUUUCUUACCACCAAUAGAGUAAUUAAGCCCUACUUAUAUUUGGUUAUUCGUCCAUCGUUCUUGUUAGGAGCGAGUCUGAGAAGCUUUCCUUUGGAGGAUUUACUCCAAGGUCACUCGUAAAUGCCCGAAAAAAUUAAAAAAAAGCAGCAGAGAACGUGCCCGCUGGUUACGUCUUGCAGCUCAGCCUAGAGCCCCCGCAGGCAGUCGCAUUACGACCAGUCUCCUGUGUACCGAUGAUAUCCCAUUCGGAUGACUGUAUUAUACAGUUUCGUUCGAGUCUUGACCUGAACUUAUAUGGUUGAUUUGUGUUGAUGACGUCUAUGCCGAUCUACGACAAUGUAGUGGCGACCGCGCUUUCCUAUUCAUGGGCACGAUAAGUGACACAGGACCAACAUCUGGAUAAAGCCGAACGGGAACUUAACUAUGAUUGAGCUCAGCCACAUCUGAUAGUUGUAUUUCGAUCACAUCGGCCUCCUCCAUUUGUUGCAGCUCGUGCUGUGUGUGUGUGCGUUUUAUUUCUCACUGUCAUCAGACCAAAUCUUGAUUAACCUGAGAAGAUGAAAUACAAGGAAUAACGGAUUUAUCCUGUGCGAAACCACUGGCUACCGUCUCAGGCAGCGGCGGCUCCUGGAGAGACCAUUGCAUGUGUUGGCAGCGUUAAUACCAGCCGGGGAGAGGGAGUGGAAGAAAGUCUGCGUGGUCUGUUACUUUUACUGGUUUGCAGGGGCGAUUUCAAGGGCCUUGUGUUUUGGCUUGCCCGAACUAAGGCACGCCAAUCAUGGACGAUUGCUGCAUUUUUUUGUUUGUGUUGCAGUCGGACUGUUAGGUAAGGGCGUUUGUGAGUGUCCGCUCUGAAGGUGCAUGACGUUCAGACAACAAUGCGUCGGACGAAAUUGUUGCGUGUCGUUUUGGCGGUCAGCUACAGAUCCCGACUCUUUGAUUUCUGACGUCAGUACGGGACUCUGUUUUACGAAUGUACGAGGGUUGCCGAUCUCAACUGACUUGAAUGAUUGUCCGCCCACAGGUCCGAUAGUUCGGUCAAAUAUAGAGACGGAUUGCGCUGACCGGACCCUCUUCCCCUCUUGUAUAUUACAGAAUGACCGAAACAUUCACGUACUAUACUCGAACAUUACAUAGACGAAAUGCGAGCUAUCCUUCCAUUAUGAGCCUAGCCCGUAAUUUGGUGCUUGGGGUUAUCAAAACUACUGACAAAUAGAGUAUAUAUUUUCUCGAGAGGUGUUACUAUCCCCGUAAGGGAGGUUUAAAUGACGGUGUUCGACUCCGUUGCCAUCGUCAACCAGUCUCACCCUUACAACGACAUUAACUCAAACAGCCCACUACUGAGCCACAUGUCCGUCACUUUGUCUGCAAGAAGCUGGGCUAUUAAAACACGGAAAAUUACUGCCCUCCACCAUUGCUGAUUGCAGGCUGGAAAUUGCAUAACUCACCUUUUGCCUUGGCGCUCCGGCCUAGAAUUGUUGCAGGCGAUCGCGUGGCGACGGACGGUCAGGUGUUACGGAAUUGCCCGCAUUCUGUUCCGAAGUGACGAUUGACCCGCCAGCACCAACUCCCUGUUUAUAUAUGAAGAUGUGAAACUGCUUCAGAGAAAUCUAUGUUCUCUACACGGAGUGUUUAAGAUCUGCAACUGGUCCUCCUGAUUCUAACUAAUAAGUCUUGUGACGUUAUUUGGACAGUAAUCAUUCUUUAUGCAGUUGCCUCCGAUCUUGCCUACGUUAAUCUGUAUUUUCUCUCGACUGCGUACAAACGUUAUCCGUAAAUUUUUAGAGGAAUUUGCUUGCGUACUUACUGCACACGAUCCCUGAAAUAGUUCUUAGUAGCGACUGUUUAAUAUUACAACCACUUUUAUAAUUACAAGUCCGCUUUUUUUAUAGACGCAAAAUGAAAAAAAACAUAUGAGAUAUCUGGCUAUGUGAACCAUGCAAAAAUCAUUUAUACGUUUCCUUAACUUUAAGAAUUUGUAAGUAGUAUGCAAUUGUGGGCUCAAACCGAACACAUGUCGACUCUUAUGCACGAAGUUAUGUAGUUUUCACGAUUUUGCUGGACCACUUACUUUGGCACUUGGGUUCAAUCAAAAGGCUUGGCUUCCCUAGUAAUAAUAUUCUACACGAACAUCUGCUUCAGGCGUAGUCUCGACCAAAGGGCACGCAUCAUCUUGCGUCAGCUUCUGGUCGCUGGUGUGGGCGACCGCCCGAUCAUCUGGGUCAGCCACUCGGCUGGAGGUACGUGGUAUAUAAGACUCCGAGUUUUGAAUCAAAUUAAAAAUUCUGACUAUCGAAUCGGUUGUUGAAAGGAAUAAAAGCGAACAUGAGGGACUUAGCUUAUUGUCGAAAAAAGAUGAAAAGGUACAUUCCGGAAGUCUAUGUCUGUUUGUUAUCCUACCUACACCUAUGGUACGUUCUUUGUGAUCUCUGCCCGAGGCCUGAAGUCGUUUUCCGUUCGUGCGCAUGCAGUUACUUACCGAAAAAUGGGAGGGGGAAGAGAGCACUUAGGGGCCGGAGCCAUUGGACCCCAAAAUACGGUGGAUCCGAUGCAAACAAUAUGCGCCUAGGAUUUUGCGCAUGCAGAGUGUAGAAGAUCGUACAAAGACACACAAGUUUCCCUUUUCUCAUAUCUUUCACAAAGUAGAGUCAAGAUAGCAGAUCCCGAUGGAGGUAAACUGAGCAAAGAACAUCCGAAUCUUAGACGUAGACUGCCCGUGUGUUUUAUGAUGGCUCUGAAAAGGGAAAGAAAAGAUUCCCAUUUUCUUCUUCAGUGCUCUAAACCGAAUUGUUUUUUCCUGGCACCGACGACUAGAACUGAUAACUUCAAAAUUACGUCCAAAAACGAACAGAAUCAUCAAAGCUCAGAAAGGUCUUCAGAAAAGGGGUCGCUGUUGGAGAGCCGAAAUUACCUCAGUAUGUUUGAGGUUAUACCGACCUUCUAGCAGUGUGUAACUCAAAAGGGGUUAGAUGAUAGUUGGUAGCCCUCCUGACACCGCAAACUCAUAGCUGCCUGUCAAUCGGGACCGGUGGUAAUAGGGGCUAUACGGGUGGGACAAUUGAGUGGACGGGUAAUUGGCGAUUGUAGUAUAUGCUAGGAAUUGGCGCUCCUGGUAAAGUGGAAGCCUAAUUUAGAUUAGGUGAAAAAUACAAGGAAGGUAUGGCAAUGAGCAAGGAGACUUUGAAGGGUGUGUGGAAUAAAUGCAUCCUAGCCUCAGAUUGAAAUGAAAAGCAAGUGAAUGCGAACAACCAGUGGGAAGAAGGCAACUGGUCCAAAGGUCAUUCUUCAGUGUAAGCGAUAGAACUCCAUCCAAUAAAAUGGACAGAAGGACACGAGAGUCAAGCAGCGGCACGCGGAAUGCCACAACGCAAGUCGGGUAAGACUUUUAUGCGAAAAAUUGGUUUGGGCGGAAGAGGAAAUCCGCAAAUAAUGAGGCAGUCGAAAGCUACCUCUGCUAAUGAAAGUUGAUAAAAGGUUAGCCUCAUUAGCAUCGUUACCGGUGCCAAUCCGCCCGAGAUAGUAUCUCUUCAAUGAAUGAGGCAGUCAAGAGCUACCUCUUCUUAUGAAAGUUGAUGUAGGGAAAGCCUCAUUGGCACCGUUACCGGUGCCCAGGAUAGUACCUCCACAAUGAAUCUGGAACAGGUAAUACAGCACGCAUGCAAAUUUAGAAGCAUAAUGAGGACGUAAUCAUAGCUACUGAAAUCAAGCCAGUAGGUAUAAUUGUGGAUUAUGUGGGCACGGUUGCCAACUCCCUAUUCUAAUGAAAUUUGACAUAGGGCAAGCCUCAUUGUCAUCGUUACCGGUGCAAAUCUCCCCAGGAUAGUACCACUAAAAUGAAUCUUAUACAGGUAAUAGAGCGUGCGCGUGAAUUUAGAAGCAUAAUGAGAACGCAAUCACAGCUACUGAAAUCGAUCCAGUAGGUACCAUUGUGGAGUCUGUGGGAACGGCUACCAACUAUAAUCUUACCUCAAAAGGUACCCUUUUCGGCACCUUUGUGUGCUUUUCAAGUGUAGUCUCUGCUGAUAGCUUUCAGAUAAAUCCAUUUUAGUAAGACAGCGUAUUCCUUUCGGUGGUAACGUUCCUGUCCCACCCCGGCUCUGGAUGGAGUCACGCGGUAUCUGUCCCCUCUUUUGUCAUUCUACAUUCAUCGGUCCUAUCAAAAGUUAUCUAUAAACUCAGAUAAAGUCUUUAAAUUUGACUCCUCUGCUGUCUCUCUGUCUGAAUCAUAUCUGGUCAGUUAUACAGGACAACGGCCCAUUUCGGCAUGCAGGUUGUUUGCCUGUCCGUUUCUUCAGGACUACGUAUGUAAACCUUACUAUAAUCUAAUGGUAGCUAGGUUUUUGGUCUCAGCUGCGUUUUCUGACGUGUUGUAAGAUGAACCAACGAGAAGUUGCUCAGCUUCCAUUAGGUCCAGCUUGCUAGUUAGGGAUAAGGGAGAGACGAUAGAUCGCACCCACCAUAGCUCAACGAUUGAGCACAUGGAGCUUUAACUGCGUUUCACUGUGAUGGUGCAAGCUUCCCUAUGUCUCAUGCCUUUUUUUAAAAAAGUAAUAGCUGAAUAGUAGAAUUACGAAUUACGACAUAUCCUAUCAGUGGAUAGAAAGUUUCACUAUUCCGUAGUUUGCAGUCCGCUACACUGAUCGUUGAGCUCUGCAAACUGGGACAUUUAAUUACCUUUAUGAAGAGAAAUGAAAAAAGUAAGAUACAACAAACUGAUUAUAAUAUUCCAGUGACUUUUGUCUACAUUGAUUUGAACUUGCAUUUUGUUUUCCCCUCCAUCUAAGUGGCGUGAUGCGGCACUCUCGUUGCAAUUUUAGUUAACUCAAAAUGAGGACUCCCUUUUUUAAAUUUACAGCUAUAAAAUAUGCUUUUUCUCCUUUGUAUCGCACUGUCCUAGGCAUAUUAAACAAGGAAAUCUUGCGAAUAUCCGCCACGCACUUUGCUGACUGGACAAAGAAUACGGAUCCAAUUGUACCCUUGGAGCUCUCGGAAGAAAUUUCCAUUCCCUUUAAUUCAUUUGCCUUCUGCGAUAACUGCGAGUCAGAGAACCAAACAGCGUCACCCGCUAAGGUCGUUCAUGUGUUUCCUGAGGUCGCAGAAGUGGCGAAGAAGUCCAGCCUAAUCAUUUUCCUGAGCGUUCCUCAUCGCGGUGGAGUGAACCUGAAUCAUUAUUAUUUAUACCCGAUGAUCACUAAGCUGACACCUGAAGCUCUUGACCUUCGGAAAGGUAAUGGUUGCACUCACUGCGUUUGAAAUAUUUUGUCACGCCCAACACUGCUAUGAUUCUAAGGGAGAUAAGUAAAGUACUCAAGUUUAACAUCGGUGUACAUCCAAGCUGCAAUAUUUUUUCGUCCUUGGUGACCGUGACUACUAUAGUGGCCGAUGGUAGAACUGUCAGCUGAACUUUGAGAAGUCGGCUGUACAACUUCGACCCAGUGUGAAAAUUCCAAAUUUGCGUGGACUUGUUCUUUUCACCGACCGGAACAUCACAAAAUAAUACUAAUCGAUUUGUUUCCUGACUAUGACAAGUUUAAUUAGUGGGAAUCCUGUUCCAAUUGUUCCAAUCAAUUUUGCACUUUCCAUAUGAAUAAUUUGCGGAAAAACUCUACGGUUUAUAAGUUAGCAACGGCUUGUAUGGAAAAUAUAGAAGUACAUUAAGAUUACCGCCAAGCACAAUGGGAGGCCAACCAGCCCUACCUAAAUCUCGGUUUGGGGGCGCCUGGGCUUCGGACCCAUGUACCAACGCUCUAACCACUGAGCCACGGAUUGGUUGUCCUGUCGGUUGCGAUGGUGAAUAUUAACCAUGCUGGAAGUGUUUUCGCCGAUCGGCUUACGGGAGAAGUUUGUUCCGUUGUGGUUUGAGGCUUAAUUUAGAGCUUCGCAUGUGCGCCCAAGUCCCGCCUGGGGCAUGGCAGGCUGAUGGUGGUUAACAGACCAGAAAUGGCCAUACCUGUCAGCCUUGUCUUCGUCGGUAAUCUCACGCUGUCUACAAAGCCAACCGCUGUGCGGCUACCCGCGGGGCUCUAGAUCGAGCCCGCACGUACGAGGGGACAGGCGUGCCUCAUAACCCGAUCGAUGAACGACUUCCAAACAUGUAGGAGCACAUUGAAAUUUGGUGAUGACAUGGAAUACUUAGGGGGUUGGGAAACGCUGCUUGCUUUAUAUUGCUUGCUUUAUAUGUAUGCGGAAGACUUAUCGCUAUGCGUUGGCCGCCUUGCUGCGGUAAAAAAUCAAUUUACUCUGUAGGUUUUUUCCUAUGGUUCUGACUUCUAUUUGAAAAAGGAAGAAGGCCAAAUGGCCUACUUAAUAGGUUGCAAAUAGAAGUCAUGCUUUAGUUAGAAAUUUCCAGGGACCUACUUAUUGCGAAAAGAACCUCAUAUAUCACACCGAAUGCCUAUUUUCGUCUACACCAGUCUGUUUGUGGAAAUGGUCUCUGGUAUCUAAUGAAAGGUGUCAACGGCAGGCGCCCAGCCAUUAGACCGCAAGGUGAGCAGGCAGACGACAUCCCAUCUCCACUUUGUUGGUGCCCUCUUCAGCAGCUCAAGUCCCUGUCCAGAACCUGAAACCUCAAAACCCAGGUGUCCGCGCAUAUGCCACGUCACUGCAGCUCAUUCGGCACAGGGAAUGUCUGAGGAACCAAGAUGUCCGGAGCAUGGGUUCUAUCGCAGUUAUCUGCCCCCAUCAAUAUGCACACGCAUGGACUCCAAGCAGUCAGUGGCUAAAACACAAUCCAAAACAGUUCCGUAGCAAACGAUCUGCUCGCGCCCCUCAGUUUUCCCCUACCAACAAUGACGCGACUCGAAAGUACGAAGAAGCCGAGGUGUUUCCAGGUGGCCUAUCGGUCGUUAGGGUGCCUUUGUACUUUUCGCCUAUACAAAGUUCUUCUGUCAUGAGAAAGUUCAUAAUACUAUUUUUAUGUGCAUUCACCUACACCAGACAACCCAUCAAUUGUGAGUCUGCAUGCUUGGUUCACAAUCUGGGCCUCUCAGCGACCGAUACGAAUAGUUAACAUGGUUGAAACGAAGAAGUUGAGGUUUUCUCCACUCCUACCAGGAAUGAUCAUUGUACCAUACGACCCACGGGGUAAGUCACCUCUCCAUCGUUUGAUGCAGUUUUCUAGGGCCCAGAUUCGUGAACUCUUCCCAGCUGGUGAAUGAAUAGGGAUUCUUGUUGUAAAGUCAAUCCUGUAAAUUUGUGGUAAAACUUGUGUUCUCACCGAAAUUUCCGUUGUAUUUGAGAAUUCGAGACAUAUAUGCAUACCGCUGGCACAUUUUUGCCUUCUAAUAGAACAGCGAACCUAUGCUACUAGCAGAAGGGUGCCUACGAGUUGUGGAGUCAGUAGGAUGCGGCUGAUGCAAGUCCUUUAACUGCGUGUCAAAGAAGUGGAAAGCUGUAUUUCAUUCAGAAGCUUUAGAUGGAUAAAUUUCUUCUCGUGGGAAUAACGCAUGCAUUUUUUGUUUCAGAUGAAGGAUACUCUGAAGUCGUCCAAAUUGCUGCUGAUCACGAAACCAUCUGCAAACCUGAAACGAGAGCAGAUGAAGUCUACGUGCGCAUAGCCACCCUCAUUCGAGACCAAGUGACCUUCACCUAA